AUGGCCGAUCCCAAGGCGCCAGACACCAUCACGCCGGUGGGCCCCGCCUACGAUGAGGGGCGAACCUCGGACUCCACGACCAAAGUGAUUGAAAAUGCAAAGGCGGCGACGGAGAAGGAACGCUCCAUGACCUUGCUGCAGGGCAUUCGAUUGUACCCCAAGGCGGUGAUGUGGAGUGUGAUUAUCUCGACCUGUAUUGCAAUGGAGGGGUACGAUAUCAGUUUGGUGAACAACUUCUAUGCAUUCCCCCAAUUCAACCGGAAAUAUGGCCAGAUGACGGCCGAUGGCUCCUACCAGGUAUCUGCGGCGUGGCAAGCGGGUCUCAGCAACGGCGCCUACUGCGGUGAAAUCAUCGGCCUCUUCAUCAACGGCUGGGCCUCGGAACGAUUCGGUUACCGGUAUACGAUCAUGGCCUGCCUCAUUCUUGUUAGUGCGUGGACGUCGAUCUUUUUCACGGCGCAGAACGUGCAAUCCCUCUUGGCGGCGGAGAUCCUGUGUGGAAUUCCCUGGGGUGUGUUCCAGACUCUGACCAUCACAUACGCAUCCGAAGUGUGUCCCGUGGCGCUGCGUGGAUACCUCACGACAUAUGUCAACUUCUGCUGGGGACUGGGCCAACUGAUCGGCAUCGGCGUGAUCAAGGGAAUGUUGAGCCGCAAUGACGAGUGGGCGUACCGGAUUCCCUAUGGAUUGCAAUGGAUGUGGCCAUUGCCACUCUUCAUUGGAAUCUGGCUGGCGCCUGAGUCGCCCUGGUGGCUGGUCCGAAAAGGUCGGACCGAAGAUGCGAAGCGGGCAUUGGUCCGCUUGACCACCAAGGACAAGGAUGAAGAAUUUGAUCCCGACGAGACGGUCGCGAUGAUGGUUCACACCACCGCGCUUGAGGCCAAGAUUACCAACGGAGCCAGUUAUCUCGACUGUUUCCGGGGUACCGAUUUGCGCCGCACGGAGAUUGUGUGCAUGGUCUGGGCGAUUCAGAAUCUGAGCGGCAACUCCUUCUCGAAUUACUCCACCUAUUUCCUGGAGCAGGCUGGAUUGAGUUCCAGCAACUCCUACGCGUUUGCCAUGGGUCAGUAUGGCAUUAACAUGGUGGGAGUCUUUGGUGCCUGGUUUUUGAUGACCCUGGGGAUCGGUCGGCGGACGUUGUGCCUAUACGGUCUCUGUGGGUUGUGCGCCAUGCUGCUGAUCAUGGGCUUCCUGGGCCUAGUGCCCGAGGCGCACCAAGACCAGGCAUCCCUGGCGACCGGAUCCAUGAUGUUGAUCUGGGCCCUGUUCUACCAACUCACCGUCGGCACAGUCUGCUACUCCCUAGUGGCUGAGCUUUCCACCCGUCGCCUGCAAAUAAAAACGGUCGUUCUCGGCCGAAACCUGUACAACAUUGUCGCCAUUGUCUGUGGCGUGCUCACCCCUUACAUGCUGAACCCGAGUGCCUGGGAUUGGGGCAACUAUGCCGGGUUCUUCUGGGGUGGUAUCUGCUUCCUGUGCAUCAUCUAUACCUAUUUCCGGGUUCCUGAACCACGCGGACGGACCUUUGCAGAAUUGGAUCUGCUGUUCGAGCGCGGUGUCAGCGCUCGCAAGUUCGCGCAGACGGAAGUGGACGUGUUCGAUGAGACGAUCGAAGGCCAUGUCAUCGAUAACUACCGGGCUGAAACACACGCGGAUCCCAACCAAUUGGAGAAAAACCGGAUAUGA